AUGAAUCAGCUCUUCACUGUUUCACUGUUGGCUCUGUUGAUGGUAACUUCUUGUGGAGCUUCAGGAGAAACGCCGUAUAGGGAGCUUGACAUUCUUGGGGAGCUUGAGAACCUCGACGUGCCUCAGGAUGAUAUUGAUGAUGAUGUGGCGUUCUUUGACUUCUCUUCGAUAACAAGCCAAUUUUCUGGUAAGAACCUGGUGAAUUUGGAUAGCUUCGGUGCAGCUGGAGAUGGAGUUUCUGAUGAUACUCAGGCAUUUACAAGCGCUUGGAAGAUAGCCUGCUCUGCACCAAGAUCCGUGUUACUGGUUCCACAAGGACGACACUACUUAGUAAAUGCAACGAAUUUUAAUGGUCCAUGUCAAGAAAAUUUGAUCGUUCAGAUUGAUGGAACAAUCGUGGCACCAGAUGAUCCUAGCGAAUGGGACCCGAGAUUCCAAAGGAAUUGGCUCAGAUUUUCAAAACUCCAAGGUGUUGUAUUCCAAGGAAAUGGAGUUAUAGAUGGUUCUGGUACCAAAUGGUGGGCUGCUUCUUGCAAGAAGAACAAGUCUAACCCUUGCAUAGGAGCACCUACGGCGGUAACUAUAGAUUCAAGUUCAGCUGUGUACGUGAGAGGCCUAACAAUCCGGAACAGCCAGCAGAUGCAUUUGAGCAUAGCUCGGUCAAAUACAGUUCGGAUCUCUAGAGUUAUGGUCACAUCUCCAGGAGACAGUCCCAAUACUGAUGGAAUCCAUAUCACUGCAUCGACUAAUGUUGUAAUCCAAGACUGCAAAAUCAGCACAGGAGAUGAUUGCGUUUCAAUUGUGAAUGAAAGUGCGCGGAUAAAGAUGAAGAGGAUCUAUUGUGGACCAGGACAUGGAAUCAGUAUUGGAAGCCUUGGAAGAGGAAACUCGACAGCAACCGUCACAGCAAUUGUGUUGGACACUGCUUUUCUAAAGAACACAACUAAUGGUCUAAGAAUCAAGACAUGGCAGGGUGGUAAUGGUUACGUUAAGGGUGUGCGUUUUGAGAACGUCGAGAUGCAGGACGUUGCAAAUCCGAUUAUAAUCGAUCAAUUCUACUGUGACUCGCCAUCAACUUGUCAAAACCAGACAUCAGCGGUUCACAUCACCGAGGUAAUGUAUAGAAACAUAACCGGAACCACAAAGAGCGCAAAAGCCAUCAAAUUCGCGUGCAGUGACGCAGUACCUUGCAGCCACAUUGUCCUCAACAAUGUCAAUUUGGAGGGCAAAGACAAAACAGUAGAAGCAUAUUGUAACUCUGCUGAAGGGUUUGGUUAUGGAGUGGUUCAUCCCUCUGCGGAUUGUCUGGAUUCACAUGACAACAAGAGCAUAGACCAAACUCAGUAUUUCACAGAAAGUGUUAUUGUCGGAGAAGAAAGUGAAAAUGCUCAUGACGAGCUUUGAAGUGAUCGGAUUUUGACGGUCGUU